AUGCUUCACGAAACUCCUAUCAAGCUUAUCAUCUUCGAUAACGAUGGCACACUCAUGAAUACAGAGUGGGUUUACUCCGUUGCACACAAAAUUUGCACCGGAUAUGAUAUUGAGUGGGAUUUCAAAGUUAAUCUCAUGGGAAAAACACCAAUUGAAGCCUGCAGAUUAACGUGCGAGCAUUACCAUCUUACGGAAUCACCAGAAUCCCUUUGUGAACGCCGUACAAAGAUUGUUGACCAAUAUUGGCCAACAAUUCCUUUAAUGCCGGGCGCACAGGCUCUUGUCGAUGAAUUAAAGAAGCGUGGCAUUAAGUUAUCAAUUGCUACAGCAUCAAACAGACCAGGUUUUACAUUGAAAUCAUCUGGCCAUAAGGAUUUUGUUGCAAUGAUGGACGUAACAGUCUGUGGUGAUGAAGUCGAGCAUGGAAAACCAGCUCCAGAUCUUUUCCUUGCUGCUCUUGCUAAAUUCCCAGGAAUUAAGCCAGAAGAGGCUCUUGUUUUUGAAGAUUCUCCACUUGGAAUUAAGGCUGCUAACCUUGCUGGAAUGCCUUCUGUUUUUGUUCCAGAUGAGCACCUCGAUAUCGAAAAAUCUCUUGCAGAUCAACAAGCUGUUCCAACAUACAUCAUUGAUUCACUUGAGCACUUCGAUUUUAAUAAAUUCAAAUGGGCAUAA